AUGAUACAUAUUGUAGCAAAGGUCAACCAAGCUCAAUUAUAUUUAAAUGAAGAAGUUCUUAGCAUUGAUGAUUAUUCUGAUGAUAGUUUUUAUGUAUUUUCUAUUGAAACAUCGCGAUAUCGCAUUCGUUCUAAACACUUAGUUGUAGCAAUGAAUCCAAAUUUUCAAUCAAUUAAACCAAUCGAAGUAGUUAAGACAUACUGUUAUUGGCCUUAUCGAUGGUGGAAAGAUAGUACAUUAUUUGGAAUAGAUAUUGAUUUAGCUUGGACAAGACAAAAUUGUAUUAGUUUUAUUGAAAUAGCUUCUCGACGUCCACAUGAAAAACACCAAAAUUUAACAAGAGCUGUUUACGAUGAUGGUUUGUGUGUAGAAACCUGGUCGGCACGUAUUAUGAGGUCAUCACAAGCGCAUUUAAUACAAGAAAUUCUAAGAGGUUUGUGCUCAAUAUUUAUUGAUGUUCAAAUGCCACAACCAACGAAAAUGUUUACUCAAAUAUGA